UCUUUCCCUCUCUCACUGAAACUUCCUUCAAGUUGUCAUCUAUUCUCACUUUAGCUCUCCUCUCCUACUAGCUCUCCUCUUUUCUCUGCUCAUAUCAUUAUCACCUGAUAUCACUAAAAAAUUCUCUUGUGUGUAAAUACUGCUGUUUUUUGCCUUUUGGUCCCCAAAAUUCUGCAGAGGAGUUGGAGUUGGGUUUCAGAUUCGUUUUAUUACAAACAAAUCCCUUUCACGGUUGCUAAUCCAAAAUCACACCACCCACCCACAUAAAUUCACUUCACUCAUUUCCUGUGACAUCCGACAAUUCUGAAACAUCGUCGUACCCAACCCUUCUGAACCCAGCAGUAAUCUGUCAUUUUGCUUAACAAAAGACUUCGAUUUGGUUUUGAAAUGUAGAUAGAGACAGUAGAAGCGAAAAAGAUUCUUCUUCAACCCACCAAAUAUAAAAGCAUUUGACGGAUUGUUUUUUUAUAUGCAGUUGGUGGUGUAUACCCAUCAAAAUUCAAGACAUGAGAAGAGAAUGGAAGGUGUCAUCAUCAUCAUCAAAAUCAUCGAUGGAACACAAACUCAUUUCCUCUCUCAACUUUCUGUUCAAGCUACUCAUAACUUGUUAUUGUAUUUUGAUUGUGAAAUCAGACGCAAAAGAAAACGAUGAUUUGAUAGCGUUAUUGGCUUUUAAACAUUCCUCAAUCGAUUCAGAUCCAAAUGGGUUCUUAACCGACUGGUCUCCUUCUUCAACCCCGUGCUAUUGGCACGGCGUUUCAUGCUCCGGCGGGCGGGUCGCCGCCGUGAAUCUCAGCGGCGGUGGACUCACCGGCCGCCUCCGCCUCGACGAACUCAUGGCGUUGCCGGGUCUCGCCUCCCUCUAUCUCAGCCGCAACUCUUUCUCUGGCAACCUUUCCUCCGCCGGAGCUCCGCCGUAUUGCCGCCUCGAAACCCUCGAUUUAUCUUCCAACAACUUCUCAGAACCUCUCUCUGUUGAGACUCUGUUUCAAUCCUGUGACCGCCUUCGAGUUCUCAAUCUCUCUCGCAACUCCGUCCCCGGAGGGACCCUCAAGUUCGGGCCUAGCCUCGCUCAGCUCGACCUCUCUCGCAAUCGGAUUUCCGAUUCAUCUCUCUUGUCUUACUCUCUCUCCAACUGUCAGACCCUCAAUCUGUUAAAUUUCUCAGACAACAAGCUCACUGGAAAUUUGGGUAACAGUACUUUAUGGUCUUGCAAGAGCCUCUGGACGCUAGACCUCUCUAACAACCUCUUCUCCGGCGAGAUUCCGGUGACUUUCGUGACAGGUUUACCGGAGUCUCUCAGUGUAUUUGAUCUAUCACACAAUAACUUCACCGGCAACUUGUUUAGUCUUCAAUUCGAGAGCUGCAACAAUCUCAGCAUACUCAAUCUAUCCUAUAACAGGCUCUUCGGCACGAGUUUUCCGAAUAGCUUGACGAAUUGCCAGCUUCUUGAGAGUCUUGAUGUCGGGUACAAUGCGCUUCAAUUCAAGAUCCCGGGGGUGUUCUUUGGGAAUUUCAAGCAUUUGAGGCAGCUUUCUUUGGCUCGAAAUGGGUUUUUUGGAGAGAUUCCCCAAGAAUUAGGGCAGAUUUGUGGGACUCUUGAGGUGCUUGAUAUUUCUGGUAACAAUCUUACUGGUGGGCUUCCUUCAACUUUUUCGCAAUGUUCUUCGUUGUUCAGCCUCAACCUCGGGAAGAAUCAGCUUUCGGGCAAUUUUCUCAGCACGGUAAUCAGUGCUCUCCCGAGUCUCAAGUAUUUGUAUGUUCCUUUCAACAAUAUAUCUGGUCCUGUGCCACUGUCCUUGACGAAUAAUACUCAGCUUCAAGUGCUGGACCUCAGUUCUAAUGCCUUCACAGGGAACAUACCAUCUGUAUUUUGCUCAUCUUCGUCGUCCACAGCCUUGGAAAAACUAUUACUGUCCAACAAUUAUCUCACCGGGACGGUGCCAUCUGAGCUUGGAAAGUGCAGGAACUUGAGGUCAAUUGAUCUUAGUUUCAACAAUCUUGAAGGUGAAAUUCCAUUGGAGAUUUGGACCCUGCCAAAACUUUCAGACAUUGUUAUGUGGGCUAACAACCUAACAGGGCAAAUCCCAGAAGACAUUUGCAUCAAUGGAGGAAAUCUUCAGACCCUGAUUCUCAACAACAAUCUCAUUAAUGGAACCCUUCCCCUGUCCAUUGCUAACUGUACAAACCUGAUUUGGGUUUCACUCUCCAGCAACCAUCUGAGCGGAGAAAUUCCUUCAGGUAUUGGGAAUCUUGUUAAUCUUGCAAUCCUCCAAUUGGGUAACAAUUUACUAACUGGAGAGAUCCCAUUGGAAAUAGGUGCUUGUCGGAGCCUAAUCUGGCUUGAUUUGAAUAGCAAUGCCCUGACCGGUCCCAUACCACUUGAUCUUGCUGACAAUGCUGGCCUAGUUGUUCCUGGAGCUGUUUCUGGGAAACAGUUUGUGUUUGUGAGAAAUGAGGGCGGGACAUCUUGCAGAGGUGCUGGAGGACUAGUUGAAUUUGAGGACAUUCGCUCAGAAAGGCUGGAAAAUUUUCCUAUGGUACACUCUUGCCCAUUGACUAGAAUCUACUCUGGCAAGACGGUUUACACAUUUGCAAGCAAUGGCACCAUGAUCUACCUCGAUCUCUCCUACAAUUCCUUGUCAGGGACUAUUCCGGAUAACUUUGGGUCGUUGAACUAUUUGCAGGUCUUGAAUUUGGGACACAACAAUAUAACUGGAAACAUCCCAUUCAGCUUUGGAGGUUUGAAGGCUCUUGGAGUUCUCGAUCUCUCUCAUAAUAAUCUCCAGGGAUUCAUUCCAGGAUCAAUAGGGGGCUUGUCGUUUCUCAGUGAUCUCGAUGUGUCAAACAACAACCUCACAGGGCCUAUCCCUUCAGGUGCUCAGCUAACUACUUUCCCAGCUUCAAGAUAUGAGAACAAUUCUGGUUUAUGUGGGCUUCCGUUGCCUCCUUGUGGCUCUGGAAAUGGAUCGCGCAAUCCACCAGGCUUUCAACAUCAAGGGAAAAAGCAGUCAGUGACUGUAGAGAUGGUAAUUGGCAUUGUAACCUCUCUUUUCUGUAUCUUCGUGCUUGGGCUGGCCCUUUACAGGAUAAAGAAGCACCAGCAAAAGGAGGAGAAAAGAGACAAGUACAUUGAAAGCCUUCCAACGUCUGGUAGCAGCAGCUGGAAACUAUCCAGUGUUCCCGAGCCUCUGAGCAUCAAUGUUGCCACAUUUGAGAAACCUCUGCGGAAGCUGACCUUUGCCCAUUUGCUUGAAGCUACCAACGGUUUCAGUGCUGACAGCUUGAUUGGUUCUGGAGGGUUUGGCGAUGUCUACAAGGCCCAACUGAAAGAUGGUUGUGUCGUUGCGAUCAAGAAGCUUAUUCAUGUCACGGGUCAGGGAGACAGAGAGUUUAUGGCUGAAAUGGAAACUAUAGGGAAGAUCAAACACCGAAACCUAGUCCCCUUGCUGGGUUACUGUAAAAUUGGUGAGGAAAGGCUUCUAGUGUAUGAAUACAUGAAAUGGGGAAGUUUGGAGUCUGUUCUUCAUGAAAGGGCCAAAGGAGGGGGCUCAAAGCUCGACUGGGCAGCAAGAAAGAAGAUUGCAAUUGGGUCAGCGAGAGGACUAGCAUUCCUUCACCACAGCUGCAUCCCCCACAUCAUCCACCGCGACAUGAAAUCUAGCAAUGUCCUUCUUGAUGAAGACUUUGAAGCCAGGGUGUCUGAUUUUGGUAUGGCAAGAUUGGUGAAUGCGCUGGACACUCAUCUCAGUGUGAGCACCCUUGCAGGGACUCCAGGUUAUGUUCCCCCAGAGUACUAUCAGAGUUUUAGGUGCACAACAAAGGGUGAUGUCUACAGUUAUGGUGUCAUACUGCUUGAACUUCUCUCUGGAAAAAGACCAAUCGAUCCAUCAGAGUUUGGUGACGACAACAAUCUUGUGGGGUGGGCAAAACAGCUUCAGAAAGAGAAGAGAAUUCAGGAGAUAUUGGACCCUGAGUUGAUUUCAAAUGAAUACAGUGAAGCUGAACUGUACCAGUAUCUGAGGAUUGCUUUCGAGUGCCUAGAUGACAGGCCUUUCCGGAGGCCAACCAUGAUUCAAGUGAUGGCCAUGUUUAAAGAUCUUCAGACAGAUUCAGAAAGCGAUAUCCUUGAUGGUAUGUCACUGAAAAAUGCAGUAAUUGAGGAACCACAAGAGAAAGAUUCUACUUAGUUGACGACAUUUGAGUCCAAUUGGAGACGGGUUAUCUUCACAUUUUGCCUACUGUAAAUAAUAGAACACUGAAGGAGAUAGAAGUUAUGGAAAAGGGUAAAGUGAACAAACAAAUGGGAUCUUCUUGGUUGCUUCAUCUUAAUUAUUUUCUUUGCUUAUCUUGUCUAUUCGUAAGGAUUUGGAAAUUUUGUUCCUUUUCCAUUUGCUUCUGUUUCCUGUCACAGUUUUGCUAACUUUGUUUUCCAGUUUGUUUUUUUUACAGUCGUUGAUUGCUAUUGUUAGUAGAGAGCUAGGAAUUCGAGAAAAACCAGUAUAGCUCUGGUUAUGUAAAGUUGCAGCCUUUUAGGCACUAACCUGUUUGAUAAUCGAAAUUAGAAAUGUAUCCUGUUUGCAAUUAGAUUGUUUGCACUGUGAUUGCAAUGAUCAUUGAAAAUAA